UGAGUCAGGCUGUCCAGUACGAGGGGCUGCGGUGCUUCAUCCAGGGCAGUGAGGCGCUGCGGCUUACACUGGCAGGAUCCUGCGUGGAGGCCCCUGGCCCCAAAGAGACGCUGACUUUCAGCUGCCAUGUGCGUGAGAGGCAGAGCCAGACCAUCCUCCUGUCCAACCCGAGCAGCGAGGCCUGGACCCUGCAGCCCAUCAUUGAGGGGAAAUACUGGAAAGGGCCUGAAUUUAUCCAUCUGGAGGCCAGGCAAAAAGAAAAGGUCUACCAGGUCACCUACAGACCCCUAACCAUGAGCUCUGAGAACAAGAAGCACCAGGGCUCCAUCUUCUUCCCCCUACCGGACGGGACAGGCUUACGCUACCACCUGGAAGGAACUGCUGAAGCCCCCAGGUGUUCAGGGGCCAUUUCCCGGCAGGUUCCAUGCAGGAAGUGCCACACGGAGCUCAUCCCUGUGUCCAACUGGCUGCACAGACCACAGAGGUUCCUGGUGGUUAUUGACAUGCUCAAACCAGAGAACCUGGAAAGCAGUUCUGUGCUGCAGGGGUGUUCCUACAUGGACGUGCCAAGCUCUGCGAAGAAGGACUACCAGCUCACCUUCCUCUCCUACAAAGAAGGAGUCUUCAGGGCAAAGGUGACCUUCCUCAAUGAGACAACCGGAGAGUACUUGUUCCACAUGGUGACUUUCAAGGUGGUGGCUUCAGGACCCAUGGGCACUGUUCAAAUGAGCACCGCUGUUCGGCAGAGAGUGUCCUCCAGCGUCAAGGUGGACAACCCUCUGCCUGUCCCGGUGACGUUUGACAUCAACUGCAAAGUGCCCGACGUCAGCGUUCCCCAGCACUUUACUGUCCCUGCACAGUCGAAGGCGGAUCUUGUCUUGGAGUAUCAGCCCCUGCAAACGGGUGAGAGCAGCGGGGCAGCUGGUGCUCCAGAGCAGCGACUUGGGCUCUCUGUUUACACCCUGCAGCUGAAAGCCACCUGGAGCAGGCCAGAGAAGCCCGUGUAUUUCCGCACCAGGCUGGGCUCCCGUCAGACCAUCACCACCAAAAUACGGCAUUUUGCCCAGCAGAAGACCGAGUACCUCGUACAGACCGACUGUGCCGACUUCCAGACAGCAAAAUCCAUCAGUGCGGCACCCGCCAGUGCUGGGGGCUCGGACCUGAGCGUGGAAGUGACCUUUGAGCCCUGCCACCUGGGCGAAGCCAAGGCCACGCUGCAGCUCAGCUCUGCAUUGGGCGGGCAGUACUGCAUCCCACUCAUCGGCCUUGCGCUCCCCCUGAAGCCCAGGGCCCCUUCCUCAUCCCAGCCGGCGGCACCACCUCCAUCUCCUCAGGAACGUCUUCCGGAAGGCCACGGCGUUUCCAAUACGCAGUGA